AUGGCCAAAGCCCUUGGGAUGAUCCGACUUGCUCGUACUCACGGCUGGGAUGCCGCCUGUUUGUCUGACGUGCACUGCCCGUGGGAGUUCACUGACUACUACUCGCUCCCCGGAGCGCCUCGGGACCUACGCAACACCGUCGUCGCGAUAGAAGAGUUCAUCGUCAUCUUCGGUACUCGCAGUGCGAUUUUGUUGAGCCCGGCGGCGCAGCAGGCUUGGCGAGAUCAUGAGUGCCAUGUCGCCCGACACGAAUGCGGCCGCCUCCUCACAGUGUCUCUGCGUAUCAAGGGCGCCUCGUACGCUAUUACAUCUGUCUAUGCACCAGACCAGUCCUAUGGAGCCGACCUCCGGCGUGACUUCUUUGAGCUUUGCGAUGAAGUACGUUUGGGAAUCCCUGCGACGACCUCGCAGCUGUGGUUGGGCGAUUGGAACAGCCAUAUUGGAGCCGAUUCCUGCCAACACUACAGCGGCUUGGGCCGAUACGGGAUGAACACACCGACGGGGGCGCCUGGGCGCGAGCUGGCCGCCUGGCUUGCUCACGGCCCGCAGCUCGAUCUCAUCGAUUCGUACUUCAAGAUCAGCCCUCGCGGCACAUGGUCACACCCUGUGGGCGGUCGCCACAUCCACUUCGAGCUUGAUGUUUGUGCGGCGUCGUCGCCUCUGCGGCGCCGGUUUUCGAGAGUCAAGACGUUCCAAGUGGAAUUCAGCGACCACUGUGGCAAGACGUACCACCUGGCCCUCGCCAAGGCCCACGAGGCGUGGCGUGAACUUCGACAACGGGGCGCGGAGGCUCAGAAGCGCCCGCUGGCCCUUCAUCGUAUGCAGGGCUCGCUCCCCGAGGCCGUCGCCCUGAGAGAACAGUAUGUGCGACUUUGCGAAGACCAGACACCGCCAUUGGACGAGAACUGCCCGCUUUCUGCCAUUCGGGACAUCGCUGCGGCAGCUGCCGAGGAAGUGGUGGGGAGGGAGUCAAAACGGUGGUGCACUCCGUACCUCGCGGGCCACGCGCGCGAGAUGGAGGCGGAGUGUGAUGCACUGCGGGAACUUCGCCGCCGCCAGCGACUGGCGCCCACGACGGAGGAGUCCACAGCCCUCCGCCAACAGCACCGGGCUCGGUCCCAGGCGUAUCGUGCUCUUCGCCGCAAGUGGCGAGCGGAGUGGAUUUCUGGCAUGGUCACGGAAUUGGAACGCUCCAUGCAAUUUCAUGAUAUGCCAGAUAGUGCGGAGAUGGCCAUCGGCGCAGCAGCCGGACUGGAGGCCCUCCGCGCAGCAGCUCCCGCGCCAGCUCAGCAGGCCAUGCCCGGCAGUCAGGGCCCAGGGGGCCACGGAGGGGCCGGCGGCUCGGUCCAGGAGUUCCAGGAGAUGUGCAAUUUGAUGGGGCGCAUGCUGAUCCGCCACGACCGCAGCAUUCAGACGUUGCAGGAUAAAGAUUCUCUCACAUUCUUGGUGUAUAGCCUCGAAGCGAAGGCGGCCGCGGUGAAAGUACGUAAAGAUUGGAAGACUGCGAAGCCCGCAGAAGGCCCGCACCCGUGUGGCCACUCGCUUCGGGCAAUGGCCUGGGCAGCGCUGAUCACCGAAGUCGGCGAGGCCAGCGCGGAGAUGAUGCAGAAGUGGCCGAAGCCGCCACAGGACCAGGCGAAAUACGACCUGGCCAGGACGCAGCACGCGGCCAUCGAGACCUUGCAGAAGGCUUCGUUGAAGGAGGUCGAGGCCUGGUGCUUCCGGCUCCAGCCAGCCCAUGAGGAACCAUUGGAGCAGGCUGAUCGUGCUUGGGUCUGGAGCCUCAUGCUGUCCCGCACUGCCCCGCCCGAGUUCGUCAACCCGCUGUGCACGGCGGCGGCGUUCGGUGAGAAGGCGAAGGGGGUUAGGCUCGUGCUGGCGAGGAGCGACGACGGGCCGCAGUGUCAGCAGCUGCAGGAGUACGUGGGCAAGGGCAAGGGCACUGGGAAGGGCCGCCGAUCUUGGGGCAUAAUUGGGUACUUCGUGGGAUUUCUCCGGGACGUGCUGCGCAUUGGGAGGUUCAGUAUCUUCGCGCACAGCUGCCCCAUUCCUCGACUACCUGUUCCUGUCUUCCACGGUGUUGAACACGGUAUGCGGGACCCGGUCCUCGUGGCCGUGUUGGGUCGCAAACAGUUUUACAACCCCAAGCUCUACAAGCCGCCGGCCAAGGUCGAGCUGUCUGCCCAGGGCGCCAUCGAGCGGGACAUGAGCGGCGCAGCGGCGCUGGUGCAGGUCUCCGCGCGCAGGGGCGCCGCCGUCGCGCCGCCGCCCGAGACCUGGGACGCGUGCGCGGCGAAGUCCGAGGAGAGCUCUGGGGUCAUCGCCAUGAUUGACUUGCUGAUCAAGGAUCUCGACACCGAGAUGACUGAGGCCGAGACGGAGGAGAAGGACUCACAGGCGGACUACGACAAGACGAUCGCAGACGCGAAGGGCAAGCGCACGACCGACUCGAAGGACCUGACGUCGAAGGCCGCCACUAAGGCCGACCUGGAGAGCGACCUGCCGGCUCUCAAGGGCGACAGCGCCAGCGCCGCCAAGGAGCUGAUGGCGACGGACAAGUACAUCUCCCAGCUCCACGGCGAGUGCGACUGGCUCCUCCAGUACUACGGCGCGAGGGAGGAGGCUCGCAGCGGAGAGAUCGACGCGCUGGGCAAGGCCAAGGCGGUGCUGAGCGGCGCCGACUACUCGCUGCUGCAGAAGUAG